AGGGAGGCUACUCUUCCCUCCCGUUGAUGCAUAUCCCUCCGGGGCUCAUGGCAGUCCGAUGAGCGGGUUAUCGGACGUGGAGAAGACAUGUCGUGGGAAUGGAGAUCUGUCGCGGCCGGCACUAGUCUAAUGUUAGCCUAGUCCGGUAUAGUUUAGUUAAAAUAUGACCAAAAUGUAAAUGUUUUUGUCCGAUUUAUAUGAAAAUCAUCUGGUUUAUAUCUAAUUCUUUUGGUUUGCUCAAAUCCAGUUUAAAAUGUAUGUGACUAGGAUUAGAUGGCCAGCUUCUGUUUUCGUGUCCAUUGAUUGGUUUCCCCCGUCCGCAAAAGAUGCGGUGUCCGGUUUGGAAGUCACCGUUGAGACACCCUAUCCUGAUGUACGUACGCGGGAUAUAUAUGGAGUGCGUGUGUGUUCAACUGUUCAUCACAUUCCCAGUUCCUACCACUCUGCCUCCUCGCAUCUCAAGCGACCAUUCUUGCUUGCUGUUCAUCGCUCAUGGAGCUAAGCGCAGGAGCCACUCUCCUUUUCCUCUCUCUCAUCUCGCUGAUGAUGCUCGUGUCCUUGCUUAGCCGCCGCAAAUCAACACCAAGUUCUAAUAAGAUGAGGCGUCCUCCUGGUCCACGGCGUCUCCCCCUCAUCGGAAGCCUCCACCACCUCGUCACGUCGAUGCCGCCGCAGGUCGUUCUCCGGGAUCUGGCCAAGAAGCACGGCCCGGUGAUGUACCUGCGGCUGGGCCAGGUCGACACCGUCGUGAUCUCCUCACCGGCGGCGGCGCAGGAGGUGCUCCGGGACAAGAACCUCACCUUCGCGUCGCGGCCGAGCCUUUUGGCCACGGAGAUCAUCUGCUACGGAAACACUGACGUCGCCUUCGCGCCAUACGGCGUGUACUGGAGGACGCUGCGCAAGCUCUGCGUAGUCCAGCUCCUCAGCGCGCGAAAGGUGAGGCAGUUCUCGCCCAUAAGGGAUAGUGAGACCCUGUCCCUUGUCAGCAACAUCCGUCUCGCCAGCAGAGACAACGAGACGGUCAAUCUCGGCAAGCUGCUCAUGAAGUGCUCCAACACCAUCACCGCAAGGGCGACAUUCGGUGACGCGUGCGACCCCGAGCUCCAAGAGCGGUUCUUGUCUGCGAUCCAGGUGGCGCUCGACGCCAGCGGGGGGUUCUGCAUCGGGGACCUCUUCCCGUCCCUGCGGUUCGUCGACGUCGUCACCGGGCUGAAAGGCCGGCUCUGGCGGGCGCGUGGGCAGCUCGACGCCGUCUUUGACACGAUCAUCGCUGGUUGCGAGGCACGGCGAGAGGAGAAGAAGAAGACCACGAGGACGACAGCAACGACGGGAGAUGAUGACCUUCUGAGUGUCAUGCUUAGGAUCAAGGAGGAGGGGGAGCUUGACUUCCCCAUCGGCACUACAAACGUCAAGGCAAUCAUAGUGGAUUUGUUCACGGCAGGGACUGAGACGACAUCGUCGACAGUUGAGUGGAUCAUGUCGGAGCUCAUGAGGAACCCAGAGGUGAUGGCCAAGGCACAAGCGGAGGUGCGACGAACAUUGGACCACAAGAGUCCAGAAGACCAUGAGGGCCAAAUGGACAAGCUAAGCUACACAAAAAUGGUGAUCAAGGAGGGCAUGAGGCUGCACCCAGUAGUGCCGCUCUUGCUCCCCCGUGUAUGCCGGGAGACUUGCGAUGUCGGUGGGCUUCAGGUUGCAGGGGGGUCAAGGGUCAUGGUCAAUGUGUGGGCGAUAGCGAGGAGCCCUGAGUAUUGGCAUGACGCGGAGGAGUUUAGUCCAGAGAGGUUCAAGGACAGCGCCGUGGACUACAAUGGCACGCAGUUUGAGUACUUGCCGCUGGGGAGUGGACGGAGAAUGUGCCCCGGUGGUACAUACGGGUUGUCCACAUUGGAGCUCAUGCUGGCAAGACUUCUGUACUACUUUGAUUGGAGCCUCCCAGCCGGAAUACGGCCAAAUGAGCUUGACAUGGACAUGAUCGUCGGUGGAACGAUGAGAAGAAGGAACCAGCUGCACCUGGUUGCGACGCCGUAUAAUGUUCCUAUGGAAUUUUAAUGCCGAUUGAUGUGUAACGAUGUUUGUGACAAUGUUUCCUUUUACCCGUGUGAGACCAAGGCUCCUACAAGGGACGCCGUAUACUGUUCACCUGAAAAGUUGAGCCUGGUCGAUUUGUAAUAUUGUUUGUGAUGGUGGGUUGAUUUUUGCAAU